AUGUUGGAUUAUCAAUGUUCAGAAGACGAUCUCAAAAAAGAACUUUUAAUGGCUUCUUUUUCACAUUUUGGUGUAUUUUUGCUUAUGUUUUUACAUAUUUUAUUUGGAUCUUUUAUUUUUAUUCAAAUAGAUUCAAUUAUUGGAGAAAAGCCUUUUUAUGAAGUUUUUCUUUUUUCUUUUACAACAAUAACAACAAUUGGUUAUGGAAAUAUUGCCCCAAAAAGUCCUUUAGGAAGAUUAUUUUGUGUUUUUUAUUGUGUUUUUGGAAUUCCUUUAGCAUUUAUAACAUUAACACAAGUUGGGCAAUUAAUAACUGAAAUAUAUUGGAUUUGUUUAAUUUCUUUUAAAAAUUGGAAAAAAAGAGAGAAAGAAGAGGAGGAAGAGGAAAAUGAAGGAGAGAAAGAAGAUGAGAUUUUUGAGCAAUUAGCGGAAAUAGAACAACAAUUACCGAUUAUUAUAAUUACUAUUUUAAUUGUUUUGCAUUCUUUAAUUGGUGGAUUGUUAUUUCAUUUUGUUUUUGACAAUAUGCCGUUAUUUAGAGCUAUUUAUUUUAGUUUUAUAAGUAUAACAACAAUUGGCUUUGGCGAUAUUUCUCCACAACCCAAAAAUUUACUCGAAACAAUUUCUAUAAUUAUUUAUCUAAGUUCUGGAAUAUCAAUAAUGUCUACAAUGUUUGGUGCAUUAGGUGAAAAUCUUCGCCGAAUUCAUUAUUUGGGAAGAAAUUUUAGUGGAAGUCAAGAUGUUUGUAUUUGGUUUAGUGGAAGAUAUAUUUCAAUUAAAGAAUUGGUUACUUUAGUAUCUAAUCAAUUUAAUGCUUCGCCUGAAAGACUUCGAGAAGUUUUGGAUGAAUUAGAUAUACUUACUAAAUUAGCAACAUUAAAUAAUGGAAAUUCUAAAGAAAUUAAUAAACAAAUAAAUUCAACAAAAAAUAAUUUAAAUAUUAUAGAACAAUUAAAUAAUAAUAAAAAAUUAUCUACUUCAUCAUCAUUAAGUACAGAAAGAGAAAGGAUGAUACAAGCAUUGGGUACUUUACACCAAAUUGGUUUAAAGGGGACUAGAACAUUUCGAACUCCAUCAAUGAAUUCAUUUACAGCAUAUGUUCGAAAUAACUUUUUUGUUCAGGCAGAAUUAUCACAGAAUACUGUAACGAGAAGUUUGGAUGAUGAAAAUUUAAUUUCAACGUCUACAUCUCUCUCCAUUAAAGUAAGAUUUUCCUAG